CGAUCGGAAGAAACAAUUAGUACUAUGGAAGGGAUACGGCGAGAACACUUCGCCAAAAUCUUACCGAAUUCUAGAGAGUAAAAAUGUACUCAAAGUCUCAAUAGGUGCACGGCAUGUUAUGUUUUUGACAUCGGACCAGGAGGUGUACGCUGUCGGCUCCAACAAUCGACGACAACUCGGAAUCGAGAGGUGUGAAGUGGCGGUAGAGCCUAUGCUUGUCACGGCUCUUCUCGGGAAGGGCAUUUCGUCAAUAGCAUGUGGUGGAGUUCAUAGCACUGCGUGUACUGUAUACGGCGAGUUAUUCACCUGGGGUAGUUCCGAAUUUGGCCAAUGUGGCACAGGAGUUUUUGACAAAGAUGUCCAGGCGCCGACUUUUGUCAAGUUCACAGAUCCAGGUUUGGUGUGCAUAAAAUGUAAAGGCGUCGUUCCACCGGACGACGACCCGAAGAUAAUAGAGGUAGUGGCGGGAGAUAAGCACACGUUGGCGAUUGGCGAAGACUCAAAAUUAUGGGGCUGGGGAAGUUCGCCCCAAAAUGGACUGAGAACAAACAGCUGUCAGCCUAAGGUCGUCGAGGAGUUAGUCGGAGCGAAAAUAGUAGCAGUUGCAGCUGGCGCAAAUCAUAGUGCAGCUCUAUGUGAAAAGAGCAAGCAGGCGUCUUCAGCAGUUGGAUCUGAGUCUGGAUCGCGGCCUUCGUCUGUGAUUCAGCCUUCACCUUCCAGAUCAAGUGUCUCCGACUCCUCUGGCCAAAGCUACUCUCUGGUUGCUGGCAGUUGUCCCCAUUGUAAUCACAAUGUUUUGUCUCUAAACACCUCAUCAGUGCUUGAAGAUUGUGCCGACGAGGGUGUUUUUUCACUGGGUAACACUGGAAUUUUGGCGUUGGGAUCGCCGGACAAGACUAGUUUGGAAAGUUCUAGAAGAAAUUCGGAAACAGGAUUAGAUGGUAAAAACAUUCAAAAUUCGAGCUCGGAAGAAGAGUUGGACCAUAUUGGUAAGAAGUUUUCUAGCUUGUCGGAAAAUGUCGAUUGUGAUGGAUACAAAUCCACAGCUAGAAGAUUCGACUUGAACCCUGAUACUAUUCGAAAUUUUUUACACAAAGAAGCGCAGAUGGAUGUCAAUGCGCAAUGGCGAGAUUAUACGUCAGGAGGCAGACCUGCUGACAGGUCCAGAACCCAAAGUAUUCUCAUAAACGAAUCAAAAGACAGAGCCAAGUCGCUUUUGGAAGACAUCAAUGCCCGUUUCGAGCACUCCGGAAGCACGAAGCGGAGCGACAGUCAGCUGGCCGAGCAGGACACGAGUGCGAUUGUUGGAAACAUUCAGAACUCGGCUGUGGCUUCACAUCCGCCCAAGGGUUCCACGAGGAGGAAACUGAAGAAUCCGUUCGUGAAGUCGGGUUCCAUCGCCCAGGACACGGCAGAGUUUCUGUCCAAUACGGGGAGUUCAUUCAUCAGAGUGACCAAUAGAGUGUCCAGUCUAACAAGGAAAGGAUUAAGAAAAACUAGUUUGAGCAGCUUGAGCGAGGAUGACUCUGGCUUCAUGGGCGGAAGUGGGGCAGGGGGAGGGGCCUUAGGUGGGUCGAAGCAUCCAGGGUCCUACCAACGUGUGACUGGCAAAUCCACGGAAGUGUUCACGUGGGGAGAGAACGAGUACUUCCAGUUAGGACUGGGAGAUAAUAAAGCUAGGAGUGCGCCCACAUUGGUGAAGUCCUUGGGCGCGAGAAAUGUGACCAAAAUCAGUCUCGGUGGAAAGCACUCGGUGCUCAUUACUCGUCACUUUCAGAUUCUCGGCUUCGGCUCCAAUGAAUUCGGGCAAUUGGGACACACUGCGACCAAAUUCCUCCCCAGCCCAGAGCUCCUUAAGGACGAGGAUGGCAAAGGUAUUGUAGGCUGGGACGUGGGAGGGGGCAAUAAAUGCACUGUGAUCAUAUGCGACAACGUUGCCUCUUCCAAGAAGGCUCCCGCCAACUCCUCAGCAGACUCCUCGCCUAUGUCAGAAUUGAAUCCCUGGGACACCCAGAUUAUGUACCUCGGAUUACUCGGCAGUUUGCCAGAGGAAGCCGAGAGUCCUUAUGUGACUCUGGUGAUCAAUGAUCCUGCCUCUACUGAGAACCUUCUGGGAUCGUCUGCAUAUUCGGGAGCAAAUGGGACCCCAGACGGGGAUUCCACGACUGCGGGAGUGGAGUGUGCUAGGAGUCCGAAGUCUUACACGUGGUUUGCAAAGAGCAUGAGCAGUGGGGUGGAGGUGUGGUGUGGCAGUUUGGAUCAGUCCAUGGUGUGCCGAGUGAUGACUCAGCCCCGCAACCAGACCUCCCUCCUCCUCAAGUGGGCCUUCAACGAACGCAAUUUCUUCGCCCACCUCCGAGUCAUCCGGGACAUGAUCGUCAAGCCAUUCCUCACCAGUGACGUUUUUCGGUCGGCCGUCCAGCCUUCGUUCUUCGGACCCACAGUCACUACUCUGCUGAACAGUUUCUGUGACCUGGUGGACCAGACCGGAAAGAUAUGUGCCCUGUUGAUCCAGGACCUCCAGACCGACUGCAGUCCGAGCGAGGCACUCUUUCUCAGACAGGCCCAGCACUACAUCGACUUGUUCAACAAGUUCCUCUCUUUAUUUUGUGACGCUCAUUGCAUCGGAAGUUUCGAGUUCUGUGCGUUGGGCGUGGCAGUUGCCUUCUUCGAGAAACACAAAAAGUGCAUGUGUGAUUUAACCGGACCAACAGGGGGCAAGGAAAAAGAUCCACCGAUGCACCAGCUACUCUACAGACUUCUGGAGCGACCUAUAUCCAGGGUCGUGUUCUAUAGAGACAUGCUAGCUAAGCUGGCAGACUGCUACCCGAACUUCGUGAACGAACACGGGGUCAUUAUGGCCGCACGUGACAAAUGGGAUAAUUUUUGGGCGUAUAUUAUGGAGCAGAGGAAGCAAGCGGAGGCCACUAGACUCUACUGGGAUAAUACUGCCAUUAAAAUAUCAGAGGCCCUCCGUCACCCUAAACGAAGGCUGAUUCGGGACAGCAAGAAGAGUGGACUGAGUCUGCUGGGGUCCAACAGGUUCUCCACUCACCACUUCACCCUCUUCAGCGACAUGCUAGUCCAUCAGCAGUUCUCAAACCACGAGGUGUUCUGGCUGCAGACUAUCUGGCUGGAGUCCCUGAAGGACGGGCAGGCGGCCAAGCAGAACUGCAUCAAAUUGAGCAUGCCAGAGGACAAACAGUUUAUCCUAGUUGCAUCCUCCGCAUCAGACAAAGUGAGCGUUUUUCUUUAAAUCAACAUUUGUAUAGACGAUAUUUAU